AGUCUCCGGAUGUUCUUUGCUGCGAAUACUUUGCUAUGUGAUCGUUCGUUAAUGGCGAUUCGAGGCGAUCUCCUCAAUUGGGUUCUCCUCGUCUCAUUUGUACUUGGAGGUUCUUUCAACGCUGUCUCGGCAGUAUGCGAACUCAGCCUCAUUCACCGCAACGACCUCUACAACUUCAGCUUGGCGUCUCCCACCCAAAAAUACCCUCACGGUGUCCUCAGUGAGGAUGGAUUUUACAGGGUAGCAGCAAAUGAGACUGUGCUUUGGUUUCAGGUUGGCUCCAUCAGCUUUGCGAUGGAAUGAUAUUCAACCAUGAUCCACCUCGCUGUUUUGACUGCCAGGAUUGCGGGGGUCCAUCACAUUGUGGGAUGACAUGUAGUGCUCUUGUGGCUAAUGAUAUAAAUGGAUAUCCUGUCUGCACUACGAUUGGGCGAGCCUCGAGCAUUGACGUUAAUCUCAUUGAUAAAACGAAUCCUACUACGGGGGUUGUUGUUAAGAUGUCAAAUAGUGGUUCUGAUAAUAACUGUUCACUUUCUGUUUUUAUUUUUUGUGAUUCAAAUGGACUUCAGGGACCAUACACACUGGAGAAAUUAGGGACAUGUGAUUAUGCUACAAGGCUAAGACAUCCCUCUGCUUGUGCUGAGGUUAUAUCCAUUCAUGGAGGAGGGUGGGGCUGGUUAGGUACUCUCACAACCAUAUUUUUGUGCCUCCUAGGAGGGUAUUUAUUGGCUGGUACAGUUUAUCGAUUUUUCUUCCUUGGAGUUCAUGGUAUAGAAGUUAUCCCAAACCUGGAGUUUUGGCUUAGUUUACCACAAAGGAUGCAGAGCUUACUUGGAUCUUUGUUAAGGAAAUUUAGACGACCUUCUCCAGAAGGCCAUCGAAGUUCUUACUCUCCUGUCAACUUCUGAAUGAGGACCAUCAACAUAAAGAAUCCAUUUUGAUAUAGUUGGCUUUAUAUGUCAGUUCUGUGAUGAGAAAUGCCAGACACGUGACUGAGGGAGGGGUUUCACACAAGUUGCCCUUCUGGUCAAACAGCCUUCAUGCUGUUUCAGAAAGCAGAGCUAGAGUUAUCCACGGGAAGUGCAGUUACAAUUCUUUUUCAUUAUAGUUGCUGGCAUAAAAUGCUUGUUUUCUAUGUUACAAUAGCUAACUGGUCACAAUAUCUGAUCAAAGCUAAUGUGAGGAUAAUGUGGUCAUUUUUGUUCUUCUUUAGGUAAUAUUCUUUUCAGUGAAUGUGUAAUUCAAGAUUGAUUGUACUCUUUCUCUUCAAAUUUGAUGGAAGAAAAUUCACUCCCAGUUUUAUGGUUUAUAUUGUAAGAUUUAUGUGAACCAUCCAAUUGGUGGACUACCUUUGAUUUGCAUAAAAUUGGACUGCUUGGAGAUUUCAACCAUUUAGUUUUCUGAGCUGGAAUUAGAAAAUGGAAACUUUUUGUAGUCAGGAAUUUGUAACUAAUUUAAAACGUUGAAAACUAUGGCAAUUGAACUUUUCAAAUA